UUUUAAUUCUUUUGUAGCUACACAUAUAAAAAUAUAAAACAAAAUUCUAUAUAGAAAUAAAAUAUGUAACACUGGAAUUAAAACAACUACAAUCUAACAUUUUACAAUGUUUUUUCGAAAUGUCCGGUCUUUUGGAGAGCUUACAAUCUGUUGCAAACCAGAGCUUAUUAAAUUAGGUUCAAGCAGAUUAGGAUGCGGACGUCUUAAACUCCACAAUUCAUUUCACAACAGCCGACGCGGUGCAAAGAGACCAAGACUCGAGCCAAAUCCUUUAGACAAUCUAAGCUACGAGUCCACUCCUUUAAACUCUAAAGGAUUAUUGAAACCGUUUCUUUUUACUGUAGGGGUUUCCACAGCAAGUCUUGUUGGAUGUGUUAUUUGGGAAUAUGAAAAUCUGCGUACCCAUGCUGCCUCAUUGCUCAGAAAACCUGGCACCUGGCUGAAUUCUCAACAAAAAAAAUAUUCAACACAUUCAAAAUCUGAAGUAAAUCAAUUAACUAAAUGGUGGAACUCACUUAGACCAAGUGACAAAGUGUUCUACCCCAUUUUUGCAGCUAAUCUCUUAGUAUUUGGGGCUUGGAGAAUAAGAUCCCUACAACCUUUCAUGGUUAAAUACUUUUGUUCAAACCCAGGAGGAGCUGCAAAAUGUAUUCCAAUGGUACUGUCCACAUUCAGCCAUUACUCACCCUUUCAUUUGGCAGCCAAUAUGUAUGUUCUCUACAGCUUCAUGCCAGCUGCUGUGGCAUCUCUUGGCAAAGAACAGUUUGUCGCCAUGUACUUAAGUGCAGGUGUAAUAAGUAGUUUUGCCAGUGUGCUAUAUAAAGUUUUACUUAAUCAACCAGGCUUAAGUCUAGGAGCUUCCGGUGCAAUAAUGUCCGUUUUGUCAUUUGUUUGUCUACAAUAUCCUGACACAAGAUUAAGUAUAAUCUUUUUACCAAUGUACACAUUUGCUGCGGGUUCGGCUAUUAAAGCUAUAAUGGCUAUUGACUUAGCUGGAGUUGUAUUGGGUUGGAGGUUCUUCGACCAUGCAGCGCAUCUUGGAGGAGCUUUAUUUGGAAUAGUGUGGUGCUACUGGGGUGGUCAACAUGUUUGGGGAAACCGAGACAAAUUCCUUCAGUAUUACCAUAACUUUAGAAAGGACACAAGAUAACAAUUUGGGAAUACAACAAAUAGAUGCAAUAAUAUUUUCCUAUUAAACAAAAAUAGGCAGA